AGAAGGAAGUGUGCCGGACGCGAGAGAGAACUAGGGCUGAGACCUGCGGGGCCGGCUGAAAGCCCGACCUCUGCCAUACGCACCGUAUCUUUAUGGGAGCCGAUGAGGUCAGCAGAGAGCACGCGUUCAGAUGGCAGAAGAGGGCAAAGUACUGCUAGAAUUACAAAGAUAUUUACAGCUUUUUAACCUGAAAGCACAGAGCAGAUCCUAUUCUUCAGAAUUAAAUCUUCGGCUCGCCAGUCCCGUUUAUGGAUCUCCACUCUGAUAAAUGAGUCAUUUGUUCCCAAGAAGACAAAUUGGGUAGGGAGAAGAGGGAGAGGCGGGGAGAAGACUCGAGAUAAAGGGACGAUCUGCUUUUCGGAAGCAGAAGCCGCCUGGGAACCACCUGCACACCAAGCAGGCUGCGAGGACGGGGAGCGCUCCAGUGCAAAGUUCUGUAUUUUAAAGCCCCUCCUCGCUCACAGGCUUCACAGCGAACUACGAAGUGGGUAUCAUCUCUGAUUUACAGACACGGGAACGGGGUCCUCUUGAGAAACGAUGCUUUCCCAAACGUAUGCAAAUUGUGAGUGCCAGUGUCUCCACUGGCACUAACAACAUCCAGCUGCUUACGUUUCCAGGAGCGGUCCCGAUUUCCAACAAGCAAAAGAUCCAAAUUCUCUGACCACCCUGACCGUCCUGUAUCUCCAGAUCUCCAGGUCUUUCCUCUGGACACCUCCCCCAUCCCCCCACUUUCACUGCCAGCAGCCCUGAGGCUGCGCAGGAUCCCGCUACUCGGAAUGCCUUCCUCCUGGCGGGAUAUUUUUAGAACACUCGACUGCCACCCAAUGUAGCCCACAUCACAUUGUCUUAUUUGUUUUCGGGAGCUUGUCCCCGCCUAGCAACGAGUCGGCUAAGAAUUGGAUCCUAGCGAGGAGCCCGGCACAGACAGCGAAUGACGGCAGCCAGACAGUCGCUCUUGCUCUUCCUCGGCCCUGCGGCAGGAUCCGCUGGCGCAGGGGCCUCUCCCCGGACUCCACGCGUGUCUGGAGGGCUCUCGGGUUAGGGAAGGGGGCUUUGGAGACGCCCCGGGCGGCCGGGCGGUGGCGGGACGCGGGCCCUUUAAGAAGGAGCGCGGGGCGCGGCCAGGUAGGGGCGGGUCCCGGGCUGAUCAGCGCUGCGCCGGCGCCGGCCCGGGAGCCGGAUUUGGAGCGCGCGGCGCCGGUGGGGGCGGAGGGGGCGGCGCGGCGGAGGCUCCCGUGGCCUCGGACGCUCCUCCUAGCUAGCGGCCGCCGUCCGCCGCCGCCUGCGUCUCCAGCUCCUUCGCCCCGGCGGUCCCGGCCGCUGCUUCCGGCAGCUCACCUGGGACGCGCUCACCUGGGACGCGCUCACCUGGGACGCGCUCACCUGGGACGCGCUCAGCCGGGACGCGCUACCUGCCUCCGGGCGCCUGGGCUUCAGGAUGAAGGACCGUCUGGAGCAGCUGAAGGCCCCUGGGCAACAGAGUGAGUCUUCCUGCAUAAACUUGCCCCCUCCCGCCCACAGAAUCUCCAGGAAAGACAGAAGCAGCUGACACAGGAUGAUGAUACUGAUGAGGUUGAGAUUGCUAUCGACAACACGGCUUUUAUGGACGAGUUCUUUUCUGAGAUUGAGGAAACUCGGCUUAACAUCGACAAGAUCUCAGAACAUGUAGAGGAGGCUAAGAAACUCUACAGUAUCAUUCUCUCUGCACCGAUUCCAGAGCCAAAAACCAAGGAUGACCUAGAGCAGCUCACGACUGAGAUUAAGAAAAGGGCCAACAACGUCCGGAACAAACUGAAGAGUAUGGAGAAGCAUAUUGAAGAAGGUGAGGUCAGGUCAUCGGCAGACCUUCGGAUUCGGAAAUCCCAGCACUCUGUCCUUUCUCGGAAGUUUGUGGAGGUGAUGACCAAAUACAAUGAAGCUCAGGUGGACUUCCGAGAACGCAGCAAAGGGCGAAUCCAGCGGCAGCUCGAAAUUACUGGCAAAAAGACAACCGAUGAGGAGCUGGAGGAGAUGUUGGAGAGUGGCAACCCGGCCAUCUUCACUUCUGGGAUCAUUGACUCACAGAUUUCCAAGCAAGCCCUCAGUGAGAUUGAGGGACGGCACAAGGACAUUGUGAGGCUGGAGAGCAGCAUCAAGGAGCUUCACGACAUGUUUAUGGACAUCGCCAUGCUGGUGGAGAAUCAGGGUGAGAUGUUAGAUAACAUAGAGUUGAAUGUCAUGCACACAGUGGACCACGUGGAGAAGGCACGAGAUGAAACGAAAAAAGCUGUGAAAUACCAGAGUCAGGCCCGGAAGAAAUUGAUAAUUAUCAUUGUGCUAGUAGUUGUGUUGCUGGGCAUUUUAGCAUUGAUUAUUGGACUUUCCGUUGGGCUGAAAUAAGAGUGGCCUAAGAGGCUGCUGCACUGAAAUGUUUGUGGCUGACUCCUUCUGUUGCCCUUUGCCUUCUUCCUGUGUACUGAUCAGCUCCUCCUUUCCCUGCCUCCUAGAAACUGAUUUCACUCCAGACUGGUGUGGCCACCCUUGUCUUCAGAUGAGAAUGAAGUCUGAAUGGCCUUCCUGAGAGCGAGUGCGACCCAUUCCUUUGUUUCCUUGCGACCACCCUUGGACCUGACUCAGCUAACAAUCUAGCCCUGGGGGAAUGUGAUCUACCUGAUGCGACCCUGAGUUCUCCCCAGAGCCUCCUCCUGCCCCACCAGCUCUCAAGUACCUUUUCUCCUGGACUGUGUGAACCCACCCAGCUUUCUUCCUCCCUGUUGUGUGUCAGAUUAUGCCUUGCACCUGGGAGAGCUCUUGUGAGACCCUCCCAAGGUGCUGUAUUUUUCUACCUCAUGGAGUAUUCUCCCAGAAACUGCAAUGUAUUUUUUUUAGGGGAGUAUCUUUAACAAAGCAGAAGGAUUCUUCUAAGUUUGGCAACAAGAAGGCUUGGAUCUGAGUCUUCUACCUGGCAGGAUGCCAAUCCUGUUUGUUGUCCGUAUGUCCUGAAAACAUGAGGGACUGGCAGAUGUCAUUUUGGUCUAAAGAGCUGACUUGUUUGAAAUUCAGCCUUAAAUUAAGCUCUUAGUUGUUCAGCUUGGGGGGCAACUUUGAUUUUUCUCUGUGUUGUAGUCUCUCAUAUUUACUCAAGGAGGGACCAGGAUGAUACAGUCAUCUGAGGUUAUGCUUUGCAAAAGGCUGACGGUAUGGAAUAUGUUUCCAUGUCUGAGUCUUAGAAACUGGCUGCUCAUUGUUAGAAAGUGAUGUUUUGUGAGACUAUUGUCUUGGGGCCAAAAAUAAUCAGGGAUUUUAAAUUGGGCAAGGGACAAGGUGCUAGAAUCCUAAGCUCUGGAAAUAUUUCAUGACACUGGUGUAAUCACUCAUGUGUUCCAGAUGUAUUCUAAUUGUGUAUGAAAUGUAUGUACACAUAAGUGUGUGUGUCUCAGGAAGUAGGAAAUAAAAAUGGAAGCUAUUAUGACCUCAAAAAAAAAAAAAAGCCAACUUUGAGCUAGGAUAAAAAUUGGGUAAAGGACAUUUGUUUACCUGCAAAUGAAUCACUGUGGAAAUGUGAUCUUCCCAUAUCAUCAAGAAACUUGUUUUCUGGAUGAAUACUGGGAGAAUAAAAUGAGAACUCUGGAGUGAGCUAAAUUGAUCCCAAUUAAGUUUUUCUGCUUAGCAGACAGAAGGUAUAAUUUUUUGACACCCUUCCCCACCUGGUGCCUAUGCUAGGCUUGUCCUGAGAACAUCCCUCAGUAACUUGAUAUUCAUAUGACCUACAGGAUGUCCCAUCUGCAGGGCUGAGUCAGUUGGGGAACACCAGAGGCUACACAGUAGCUCUUCCUGCUACUGGGUUAAUGAGCUUGGCAGGUUCUUUGUCUCACUCAAUUCUUACCGUGGAAGCAGCAGCAGCAGCCGCCAGGAAAUCUUCAAGUGUAGUGUCUGUGCUAACCCAGUGGUAAAUCCCUUAGAUCCCCUGCUGGUCUCUGGCAGUCUCCUUGAUUUUGGGUACCAUGUAUAUUUUCCGCUUUGACUUUAACGCUUUCUAGGAUAGGUUAAGCACCCUUAAUUCAGGCACUGUCCAUUAGCUUCCUUUGCAAAGGCUACUUAUGGCCGGUCACAAUCCAGCACUCAGACAGAGCCAAGGCAAUAUCCUCUUGCCCAUGGCUAUGAUGUCAGACAGUGGAUGGGCUCCAGCAACAAGAGACAAAAUCACUAAAGGCCUUUGCUCUCCUCUGACAUUGAGGCCUGGGGCUUACAGUUUGGAAUACAACAUGUGAAGGUUUUUGUUGUUGUUUGUAUUUUUUAGAUGUAAACUUGAUUAUUUUAUUGCUAAUUUAAAAAUAAAAAUGACUUUGUAUUGAUUGUGAAA